CAACUGUUACUCUUUAAUAAUAUGUAAAAUUAAGCCAUUUCCCUUGAAUUAUACCUAUACUUUACUUAAACACAUUUACGUUAUAUAUUUUUUUGCUUUUCUCCAUGCAUCUAUAACAAGCAGUAGGUGUGAUAGCGGAAAAUAUUAGUGAGGUAGGCGGAGACGGGAGGUCGAGCUGGUGUCAUGGCUGAGGAAGCUAUCUUCGAUUUUAUUCACAUGGAAGCUGUGUCCUAUGCCUUCCAGGGUGGUGAAAAGAUGUCGGAAGAUGAAGCCAUCUCAAAACUGGAACAUAUGGGUUUCGCCACUGGCUAUAGACUUGUUGAAAGAUUAACCAGAGAAUCAGGGAGGUACAAAGAUGAAUUGGAUAUCAUGAAAUACAUUUGCAAGGACCUUUGGGUAACAGUUUAUAAGAAGCAGAUUGAUAAUUUACGAACAAAUCACCAGGGUGUGUACGUCCUCCAUGACAACAGGUUUCGCUUUCUCUCUCGUAUGGCUGCUGGAAAGCAGUAUCUUCAGUAUGCACCACGAUAUCUAGCCUUCACUUGUGGACUUGUACGUGGAUGCCUAGCUAACCUUGGUGUUACAUGUGUGGUCACAGCAGAGGUUACACAACUCCCUGCAUGCAAAUUCCAAAUUCAAGUUCAACGAGGGUGAUUUUUCACAUUGAUGAUUAUUUAUAUAUAGUAUAAAAUAUAUAUAUAGUUUUCAUUAUAUAUUAAUUAUUUCACAAACUUUGUAUUCCUAAAAAGAAAACAGAGUUCUUGUAUUAUUCAAUGUUCAUGUUGAAUUGUACAUUUAAAAAUGUCUCAUCAGUAUUAUAUAACUCUAUUGUAUCAUACAGUGCCUGAAGAACAGAAGGUAAUCAGGCCUGAAGAUUAUUAUUAUUAUUACUACAUUUACAAAAUAGCAUUAAGCACAUAUGGUCAUUACUUGGAGUUUACCCGGAGGGGGUUUCGGGGUCAAUGCCUCCGCAGCUCGAUCUGAGACCAUGUCUGCAUCACCAGAAAAAAUUAAAUUGAAUAAAACUGCUUUGAAAA